GUUGUUGGAACGGUAGCUACUAUAAACGUAAAGCUACCACCCUUGGAUUUUAUAGAAAGGAAGAGUACUUGUACAAGUUUAAAUAGAGACGGCCGGGGCCAUGGUGCUAAUCAAGAACACUGCUUGUGUUGUGCUUGUAUUUCUUUCUGCUGCCUGGCUAUCCACUGCUCGCAUGAACCCUAAAAGUGUUGCUGUUAGUGAAAUUUCAUAUAUAAAGGCAACGAUUGCAUUUAGUGUUCCAAAAAGUACUACGGUGAAAAGCCUGGCUGCAAUUGAUGAAGGUAACUUGAACAAACUAAGUGAGAAGCUUCUUAUGAGCAAAUCUGGGAAGGUUAUCUCUGCUCCCAAUAUUAAAGCCAAAAGAAAUAAUGCUAGAAGCUGUUUGUCUGAUGAGGUUAAUGGGGAUCCGUUGGCUUUUACUGCUGAUUAUCGUCGACCAGUCCAUCACCCACCUAAGAAUAACAAAUGAACUCUUAAUAGUUCAUCCUCUUAAUAUAUGGAAGAUAUUUGAGUGCUUUUGUUUUGUUUAUCUUAUCCUUUAUAUA